UCCAUCAACUUCCGUUGUGGGGGAAGCGCAACCCAUGUUGACGACAAGUGCAGGGCCAUCCUUUGCACCGACCACCUCUGGAGCAACAAUCUCAACUCCAACAGAUGUUGGUACCACCCCUGCUCCUGUCCCAUCAAUACAUAUGAUUGGUAUGAAUGUUUCUAGCACAGUCAAACAACGUAUUAUUAGUGGGCAGUAUAUUGAUUUGGCCACAUUGGUAACACCAAAAUCAGGGUCUGAUGAAAAGAAAUUAGUUAUGAAUAGUAUGGGUGAGAUAAUUUAUAAAGAUGCCAACCCAAAAAAGGUAGAAAAUAUUGAGCAAUGGACUGACCUUAUGCUCAUAUUUGCAAGUGUGUACUUGAGUGCACAUCCCGCCAAGACUCUUGACCUACUUAAGUACAUACAGACCGUAAGAAUGGGUGUUAGCAGGGGGGCUAUAUCUUGGAAAGAAUAUGAUACGCAGUUUAGGCUGCGCAAAGAGCAAAAUCCUGUGUCUUCUUGGGGUGAAAUUGACUCGGAAUUAUGGUUGAUGUAUAUGCAUUCUGGGCCCGCUUAUAACGUAACAAAUGCACCCAAAACCAAUAAUGAUAAAUGCUUCAAUUUCAAUUACAAGGGAUCUUGUGACAAAUUCCCAUGCAUGUAUAAACACAGUUGUAUUCGAUGUGGUAGUAACCAUCCACAGAUACAUUGCCUUACACAAGCCUCAAACACUGGGUCCGCACAAAUAUUUCGCCAACAAAAUUCAAGUGGUCAAUUCUAUGGACAGUCAAGUUUUCGUCCACAAACCACCAAUGCAAAUACCAACUAUAAGGGGUAUUCAACCAAUGCAAAUACCAAUUAUAGGGGGUAUUCCAGCAGCAACACCCAGCGCCCCACCUACUCAAGACCAAGAUUCCGCACCCCGCAAUCUAUGGCGUCUAGGUUCAACGCCUAUUAA